AUGGCCACCGAAGAGGUGCAGCCGCUCAAGAUUGUCAAGUCCAACUCGACCGCUUCGUCGAUCGGUUCUCCCACCAAAAUGGCUCGUCCGCUAUCAGAGAUUGGCUCAACAGAGCGAAGGAGAAAUUCUCCCAGCUACAACCAAACGACCAAAAAAAUGGUCGCCAACAAAGAUUCGUCACCGUUCGACUCGUCACCUUUGCAACAGCAACGAUCGCCGCGCAUGUUCUGGGAAGACCGUGCCUCUCCGUCGCGCUUCGGAUCAGAGAAUAGUCCUGAGCGCCCGGAGCGUUCUGAGCGUUCUGCUUCGCCAUCUGGCACAUCCUCACACCGUCGCUCCUCGAUUGAGAACCUUAAAAAGGCAUCCCGCGUCAAGAACAGCACCAUGUAUGCUCGCGAGACCAAGCAAAACUAUGAUCCUUCGAGCUCUCCUGUCAUUGAGCGCCCACUGAGCAAUCGUGGCUGGGGAGGCAACUUCCAGAACAACGUCUUCACCCGCUUCGACAGUCUGCGCAAGGAAAACAACCCCCUCAGAUCACCUACCGAUGCAGACCUGAGCCCAUCCAAGAUCCCAGGCCCUUCGUCUGCCACUUCUACUGAAAACACAUCCGCCCCCGCCUCACCUCGUCGAGAAACACCUUCGCCGACCAAGUCUUCCCUCACAUCCAACAGCCGUUUCACUGGCUAUUUCGAGACAGAACAAAGUGAUUGGCCUGAAGAUGAGGACGAUGGACGGCUUGCGACACCUCGUGCGCAACCUCGCCAUGCAAAAAGUGUGACUUUCGAGACAGCACCUCCAGAGAUCAACGAGUACGAACAACAAACACCAGAGCCAUCUUCUAUUGCCUCGGGUUCACGAGAGGGCAGCUACGAUUCCGAUGAUUAUGACGAUAACAGCUUCGAGCGCGCAUCCUCCAUAGACGAAGACAGUUUCGAUGCUUCCCUCGAGGACACCGACAAGACUCCUGUGGUUCUUCCCGAAGAUUGGAGGCACAUGAGUCCUGAGGUCGCUCGUAAUCAUGUUGUCAACGAUUAUGACGACGUUUUCGACGACGACGACGACGAUGAGACAACCGAGAGGCAUGCGUCGAUCUCACCUACCGAACAAAGGCCCUCUUCCAGCCGUUCAGAGUCGGCUAACUCAGACGCCGAAGCAAGACCCCUGCCUCCACUCCCUGGCGUACCUUCAUUUAGAAGAGACCGUGUCGAUUCUGGUGGCCUUGCUGCUGCCGCUGAACGAGCAAGCAGCAUUCAACGUUCUCUCCCCUCGCCACCCCGUCCUGCUUCAGUCUCCAAAGAUGAGAUUCUUCGCAUGAGAGAGACCAAUAUGUCCAUGGAAGACAGAAUGAAUCUCCUCGCAUUGCAGACAUCUCUAGCUGAUGUCGAAAAGUCACAGAACGUAGGACAGUCCCUCGAGGAAGACCUCGAAUCCGCACAUGAGAAUAUCGCUGGACAACCAGAGCACUCUGACGUCGAAGAGGAUGAUCUAGCUGGCUUUGACUUCGCACCGAGCAUCUCGCGCGAGUCCAUCUUGCGCAACGUCAAGUCUCAGAAGUACAACCAAUUCGAUGCUGGUCUACAGGAGGAAUCAAUGGUCUCGUUCGCCGACCGAGAUUACCGCGAUUUGGCCAACCUCGAUCCUGAUGUCCCGAUUCCCUCUCGCGAGACAUCCACGCAGUUCGACGCUGAAAUUGGCGCUGUUAUCAAGGAGGAGGAUGAAAACAGCUACCUCGAUCUCAGUGCUGUUCCAUCUUUCCAAACCGGACCUGAGCAAGCGCGGCUGGACGAGUAUGAUAGACAAGGUUCGGUCAUUCAUCAUGCCGACUACGAUGAAGACUCUCACGCUGAGGACGACUUAAGCCGUUAUUCAUCUCCUAUGUCGGUCUUGGUCAAUGAACAACCCGAUGAUCAUCAACAUGCCACCUCUCAACACGACCACGAGUCUCUCCCCGAGGAAGAAGCAUUCGCGACUCCGCUCGGCAAUCCGCAAGGGAGUGAAGAAUCUAGUAUGGGCCUUCCCCUGAGUUUUUUGGGUACUGACGAUUUCGACUUUGGCUUGAAGGACUACAUGACCCCCACACCACCAGUUUCCACAAGCGCACAAGAUCAAAGCAAGAAAUCCGUUCUCGAACCUCCCAUAGUCUUGCAACCUAGCUUCACCACCGAGGCGGAAUACGGUAGAGACAAUUCCUUCGAAUCCGAUCACACAAUUGGCCGCGAGUCUUUUGGCUCUGUGAUCCAUGGCUCGAUGAUUGAUAUGUCUCCACCUCCGGAGGAAGCACCAAUCAUUCCUGAACGCAAAGCUACCAUUAAGACUCAAGGCAAGCUCAAGGCUCGUCCUUCUGGAACUCCUGCCGAUCUGGAAGCUAUGAAGGCUCAGCGUCGUCAUGUGAGCUACGAGGUACCCGCGAUCCCUGAUCAGUACCGCUCUGAGUUCUUGGCCCAAGCGGAUGAAGAAGCUACUUCUGACGAGGAUGACUUUGGACAUGAGACCCACAGCUCAGACUCACGUUCGGGACAGGAGACAGCCGGUCAAGAGAUCCAACAGGACUCUUUGAACGGCAAGCAAGAAGCCGAGGUGGCUCUUCGUGAACCCGCUGGACUCGAACAGGGUGCGCUUCCCGAGGAAGGUGACUCGUCAGGUGUUUCUAUCGAGCAGCACGAAAACACUCAACAGAGCCGAGAGAUGAAGCUCGACCUUGAUUUCCCGCUAAAUUCGUUUGACGAUGAUAUGGGUCUCGGAAUGGACGCUGAAUUUGACCGUGUGAUCGAGUCCCAGAAGAAAGGAUACCUUAUGCGCCAGAAUACUAAGGUCAUUGUUGCUAGCAACAGAAACUUCAGUGAUGAGAGCCAACGUCCGCUCUCCCCCAACGGUCAGAUCAACCCCUCAGCUACCAGCAAGGGUUCGCGUAGCCCAAGAAAGUCGAGUGCUGGCGAGAAGUUCUUGACAACCGAGCCGUGGAACGGCAAGACCAGACGUAAGAGCUCCAGGAGAUCAUCCGGCAGAAAGUCCAACAUGACCGGACCAGCCCCUCCUGUGCCUGGUCAUGAAAGCUCUCUGGGAGUCGUGGAUGAGUACAUGACUACUGAUGAGACUGGUGAUGGCGAGGAGAGAGGCCGACUUUUCGUCAAGGUCGUCGGCGUGAAAGAGCUUGAUCUACCACUACCACGCAACGAUCGUCUGUUCUUCCAACUCACACUGGACAAUGGCUUACAUUGUGUGACGACUGCUGAUCUCCAGCUUGGACGAGCAGCCGCCAUUGGACAGGAAUUCGAGCUUGUCGUUCUUCACGACCUCGAAUUCCAACUGACUCUUACUACCAAGCUCCCUGCCCCUGCGCCCAAACCUCAGAUGUCGAUACCUGUACCCGUCUCCCCAACCAAGCCCAUCAAGUCCUCCACAUCAAGAUUCUCCCGCUUGCUUUCGUCUCCCAAGAAAAGAGCGGAGCGCGAGAGAAAAGAGCGAGAAGAGGCUGCUGAGAUCGAACGUCGCCAACAAGAAGAAAUGCAGAGGAAACGUGCUUCCGUCAAGCCAACCUCAUGGGAUAUGUUGCGUGAAGUCGUGGAUGCCAAAUCUGGCUCAUUCGCUCGCGCAUAUGUUUCGUUGAAGUCGCAUGAAUCUCAAUGCUUUGGACGACAGCUAACCGUCGAUGUACCUUGUUUCAAUGAGUGGGCGAUGGAGAAGGAUGCCGAUGUCGUUAGCAGUGUUCGCAGCAAGCGCAACAAUGGCAACCCUGGGUUCGGCGGCAGAGAUGGCACCAUCAGACGCCCACCUUACGCUGUGGGCAAGCUUGAAUUGCAGCUCAUGUACAUCCCGAAACCUAAGGGGUCUGGCGAUGAACAUAUGCCCAAGAGCAUGAGCUCCGCUGUCAGAGAGAUGAAGGCUGCCGAACAAGUCAAGGAGUCUUCUUGGGAAGGUUGCUUGAGUCAGCAAGGAGGCGACUGCCCAUACUGGCGUCGUCGCUUCUUCCGCUUGCAGGGAACCAAGCUCACUGCAUACCAUGAGCACACUCGCCAGCCGAGAGCGACUAUCAAUCUCUCAAAGGCUACCAGAAUGAUUGAUGACCAGAAAUCACUCGUCGCCGAUCCUACAUCGGGCCAUCCAACCAAGGGAAGACGCAAGUCUGCUUUUGCCGAAGAAGAUGAUGGCUACCAGUUUGUCGAAGAAGGAUUCAGGAUGAGAUUUGCCAAUGGCGAAACCAUCGACUUCUACGCCGACAGCGCGGCCGACAAGGACGCCUGGAUGAAGGCUCUCGGGUCAUCCAUAGGCAAGCCUUCGUCAGGUAGCACAGCCAAAUGGACCGACAUGGUGUUGAACAAGGAACGAUCAGAUGCCAAAGCCGCCAAGGCACAACAGAACUCGGAGAACCCCAGUCGAUCAGGAUCAGAUGCUCAAGAUACCAAGGCCGGCGCGCCCAAACUCAAACGUACACUAUCUCACCAGGAGACCAUGAGAGAUGAGACACCGCCUACGAGUCCACGUCCAGGACUUCGUGACAGACAUCAAGUCAAGAGCAUGAUUUACUAG